AGGACAACCAAGAGGCGGGUAAAAUCAGUCGUCACCUGGUGAUUCGUCUUGAGACGUGCGAUUUUUUAGUGAAAAAUCAAGUGAAUCCGACUGGCGGAAACAUGAAGAUAUUUUUCAUCAGUCCAAUGAUUAUCGGCUUAUUGUUAGCGAUUUCUCCCCACGUAACGGCCUGGUUAGUCUCACGAGACUACGAUUCAUCUGAGGAGAGAUACGGAGGACACGGAGGUCUCGGUGGGGCAUUGAAGGCUGGAGCAGAAUUUCAUGGAGAACUCGGUGGUGGAGGACAUGGAGGAUUUGGUGGCAUCGGUUUACUCAGUCAUGCAGCUAAAGCUGCAUUGAGAUUAGGAUCAGGAUUGACUGGUGGAUUGCAUGGAGGCUACGGUGGACACUCAGGAUUUAGAGGUGGAUCACAUGGAGGAUUCAGCAUUGAAGAGCAAGCGAAACUCGUUGCUGAAGGACAUGCAGGAUUCCAAACCGGUGGAUUGGGAGGACUAAGUCUGGAAGGACGCGCAGGCUUCGUUUCUGAAAAACACGGGGAAUACGGUACUGGAGGAUAUGGAGGAUUCGAUUCUGAUGAACAUCUACUAGGUUUCGUUUCUGAACACCAUGGAAGGCAUGGACAUGAACAUGGAUAUGGACAUAGGCAUGGGCAUAGGCAUGGGCAUGGGCAUAGGCAUGGGCAUGGGUAUGGGCAUGAGUAUGGGCAUGAGUAUGGGCAUGGGCGUGGAUAUGGGCAUGGGCAUGGACAUAGGCAUGGGCAUGGGUAUGGGCAUGGGCAAUAUGGCGGAUUGCAUACCGGAGGCCAUGGAGGAGUCGGUUUUGAAAAAUACGCAACCCUAGUUGCUGAACACGAGGGAGGAUUUGGUACUGGACUACUCGGAGGACUCGAUUCUGAAGAUCACCUAAGCUUUGUUGUUGAAAAACAUGGAGGACAUGGAUAUGGACAUGGACAUGGACAUGGAUAUGGAUAUGGGCAUGGACAUGGUCAUGGGCAUGGGUACGGACUCGAUUCUGAAGAUGAGCUAAGCAUUGUUGUUGAAAAACUUGGAGGACAUGAAUAUGGACAUGGAUAUGGACAUGGGCAUGGGCAUGGUUAUGGGCAUGGGCAUGGGUACGGGCUUGGACGUGGGUAUCGACGUGGGCAUGCAUAUGGAUUUGGACAUGGAAAAUAUGGAAUAGACGACAGUUUCAGUUCUGACGAACGUGCAAGCUUCAUUUUUGGAAAACAUGGAAGAUAUGGUAGUGAAGAAUAUGGAGGAUUGAGAUUCGGAGAAUAUGGAAGACACGGUUCUAAAGAACACCUACUCCUUGGUAGAAGACACGGUUCUGACGAACGAAUAAGCCUCCUUACGGCAGGGCACGGAGGAUUCAGUUCUGAAGACCACCUAAAACUCAUUGCUGAAGGACACGGAGGAAUUGGUAUAGGAUUGGACGCCGGAGGAAUCGGAGGACUCAAUCUUGAAGAGCGCGCAAGCUUCAUUGCUGAAGGACAUAAAGAAUUGGACAUCGGGGGACACGGAGGACUCUAUUCUAUAGAACACAGAGGACUCGAAGGUUCAGGAUUUCUGGACGGAUUCCACAACAUUCGGAGAAAAAUCGCUGGUGUAGCACAGGCUGGAACAGAUGCCAUUGUGGCAGUGGGUGGAGGAGUAGUAGGCGCCGGUAAAGAGUACAUUUCAGGAGUGGCAAAUGCCGGAAAGACCUUGUAUGGAACAUAUGCGAGUGGAAAGGAUCAUUUUCAAACAUUCCAUAGGCGUAAACAUGGUCACUUUGAGCACGAUGGUUACGCAGAGGGCGGGUACCAUGCAGGAGGACACGCUGAUGGUGAAAUCGAUCUUAGAGGACUUGGUGGACUGAAAUUCGGCCUGGGAGCGCACGCUGAAGCAGAAUUCGACGCUGGAGGACACCUGGAAACAGAAUUCGACGGAUAAGAUAAUUACAAACCAGGAAAACAUGUAGAAGAUGCAAACCUGAAUUCACAAAUUUGAAAUAGACCAGAUCAGACGGUCAAUCUAUGAUAUAACUGAAUAAUAAAUAUUCUUCAAGAUAAAUUGUUUGUUGAAUGAAUUAAUGAUAUUAAUGAACGAAGAAUUAUUAAACAUGUGACAGUAAA